UAAUAAGGUCCAUAUCGCAGGUCCCAUAUUGGGCCUGUAGUCGGUCCAAACCCUAGUUCUCUCCUCGCUCGUCGUCAUCGUCUCUGCAAGUCCCGGCCAGAGAGAGAGAUAGAGCGAUGGAAGAAGCAGAGGUGCUGGAACUGUACGAGAUCCAAUAUUCAGAUCUUAUGCUUCUAUCAUCAACAAUCUCCUCUUCUUCUUCUUCUUUGUUUGAAGAAACCGAUAGGCUGAAAUUAAUAAGCAGAGGCAUAAUGGAAGCACUAGGGCCCGCGGGUCCUGGCCUGCUAUCGAUCCGUGGGGUCCUCGACGCCUCCACGCUCCGUCGGGAACUUCUGCCUCUCGCACGCAGGCUCGCGCUUCUCAACCCCGACGAACGUAAACGCAUUCUCAAGGAGCACAACUUGGGGAGUGAUGUUCCUUUGAAGAACCCAGAUAGAAGUGUCUCCUCUUUUGCCAUGCAACUGAGAUAUGCACAAUGGCUGGAAUCUGUUCAAAGUGAACUGAGCCAUAGAGUAGAUUCCUUAGUAAAUCCGGAACAAGAUCAUCUAGAAGUUGAUAUCACAAGAGAAAGUCAGGAUAUUGAAUUUCAAAAUCUUGGAAACACUUUCAGAAAGCUUGGAUUUAUCAUGAUGGAUCUAGGGCUCCGCAUUGCACAAAUAUGUGAUAGGGCCAUUGGUGAGCAAGAGCUCGAGCAGAGCUUAUUGGAUUCCUGUGUAGCAAAAGGGCGUCUUAUACACUAUCACUCAGCUCUAGACAACAUUAUUUUAAAUGAAGCAAGGAACAAGAAAACAGCAAAAAGACUGGCAAAUGGUAGAAGGGAUGAAAAAAAUUGCGUAAGGUAUCGACAUGGACUAUUGGAAGACCCUAACUUGGAUAAAAAUGGUAAUGAAAUUGAUUCCUCUGGAAUUCAUUCCAAUCUGUGGCAACAAUGGCAUUAUGACUAUAGUAUCUUCACUGUUCUGACCGCUCCCCUUUUUAUUUCCUCAUCUUUUCCACAAGCAACAGAGCCAAAUGAUUUAUUUUCAGUGUGCUGUGAUGAAGAGUGUCCUUCUCCUAGUGGCCACACAUACUUGCAAAUUUUCUAUCCCAACAAAAAUAAUGUCUGCAUGGUGAAGGUCUCUGCUGAAAGUUUUAUCAUUCAGGUGGGUGAAUCGGCUGAUAUCAUAUCAAAAGGGAAGCUUCGCGCAGCCCUUCACUCCGUCUCUAGAGCUGCAAAGUUUGAAAGUUUGAGCAGACAAGCCUUUGUUGUGUUCUUGCAGCCUGCAUGGAAUAAGACUUUCUCCAUCGCAGAUUAUCCUGUGAAGGAAGUAUCAGAGGAGGAAAGAAAUCUUUCGAUCAAGGACCAAAACCAAAUAAAUCAAGAAAUUCAAAAAAUACUUCCACCAUUAUCAUCGCGGUUAAAGGAUGGGAUGACAUUUGCAGAAUUCUCCCGUGAAACCACGAAGCAAUACUAUGGUGGCAGUGGUUUGCAAUCUAAUAGAUAACUAGUUCCUUGAAUUUAAUCCGAAUGACAUUUUUUAUAAGCCCUCUUUCGUGCCUAUCCUUGAAGCAGAGAAAUAUUUUACCCAAAAUGCUUCUUAAUAUUGUUAAAGGGCUGAGAGUUUUUUUUUCUUUUUUAAAUCGUGAUUGCCCAUGUUGAAGGUGAUGCAGACGAUAUCGACCAAGUUGUAGCCGCUGCUCAGGAGCAUUUGGUGAAAGAUUCACUGGGCCAACUGCAUACUUCAAUUCUAAGGCUCCAUUUGGAUGAUGCUCCGUUUGAAUACAAGAAAUGUUUUAUUUCA